UAGUUCUCCAAUUUUGACUUGAAAGUUCAAACCAAAAUACCGCCAGCGAGCGUUUCCUUUUUUUUCCUAGCUUCCUUCUCUUCUAAUCACCCUCGCUUUAUAAAAUUUCGAUAUUGUUCUGCUUCCCCUCUCAAUUCCUUCAAACUUCAGAUUCAACCUCUCUCUCUCUCUCUCUCUCUGAUCUGAAGAAAAUUUCUGAAGAGGGUUUAAGAUGGCUCCAGUGCCGAACAAGGAUCAGAAGCAGGGUGGGGGGUUUUUCGCGUCUAUAGCCUCCAGCUUGUCCGAUUUCAGCAGCGCGAUGCACAAUUCAGUCAACGGUUUGCUAGGUUUUGAAGGUUUGGAAGUUAUAAAUCCUGAAGGAGGCACGGAAGAUGCUGAACAGGAAGCACAGAGAGGAAGAUGGAAACAGGAGGAUCGGGACAGUUAUUGGAAGACAAUGCAAAAGUAUAUAGGAUCAGAUGUCACAUCAAUAGUAACACUUCCAGUUCUUAUUUUUGAGCCUAUGACAAUGCUGCAGAAAAUGGCGGAGUUGAUGGAAUACUCCCACCUGUUAGACCUGGCAGAUAAUUGUGAAGAUCCCUACAUGCAAUUGGUCUAUGCUUCAUCAUGGGCUAUAUCUGUCUACUUUCCCUACCAACGAACCUGGAAACCUUUUAAUCCAAUUCUUGGUGAGACUUACGAAAUGGUCAAUCAUGGUGGCAUUACAUUUAUAGCUGAACAGGUUAGUCAUCAUCCCCCAAUGAGUGCUGGACAUGCUGAGAAUGAGCAUUUCACGUAUGAUGUGACAUCAAAGUUGAAGACCAAAUUCUUAGGAAACUCACUUGAUAUCUAUCCGGUUGGAAGGACACGUGUGACACUCAAGAAAUAUGGUGUAGUCCUAGAUUUGAUCCCCCCUCUUACAAAAGCCAACAACUUAAUAUUUGGAAGAACAUGGGUUGAUUCACUGGGUGACAUGAUCUUGACAAACCUGACAACAGGGGACAAGGCUGUUUUGUAUUUUCAACCAUGCGGCUGGCUUGGAGCUGGUCGCUAUGAAGUUGAUGGAUAUGUAUAUAAUGCUGCUGAAGAACCCAAAAUAUUGAUGACAGGGAAAUGGAAUGAGUCAAUGAGUUAUCAAUCUUGUGACAUGGAAGGGGAACCCCUGCCAGGCACUGGACCAAAAGAGGUAUGGAGAGUUGCUGAUGUUCCCAAAAAUGACAAAUUCCAGUACACUUAUUUUGCACAUAAGAUAAAAAGUUUUGAGACUGCUCCCAGGAAGCUAUUGGCUUCUGAUUCUCGUUUACGACCCGAUAGAUAUGCACUUGAGAAGGGCGACCUAUCCAAAGCAAGUUCUGAAAAGAGCAGUCUGGAGGAGAGACAGAGAGGUGAAAAGAGAACGAGGGAAGCCAAGGACCAUCAAUUCACUCCAAGAUGGUUUGACCAAUCUGAUGAAAUUGCAGCUACCCCUUGGGGUGACUUGGAAGUGUACCACUACAAUGGCAAGUAUUCCAAGCAUCGGGACGCCAUUGACACCUCAGACUGCAUUGAAGAGGUUGGCAUUCAAUCCACAGAGUUCAACCCCUGGCAGUAUGGAAACAUAGAUGCAGAAUGAGGUUUCUUUUCUUUAUGUAUGUUUGCUUGUAUAAUUAUUUCUCCUUUGGAUUCCAUCUUAUUAUAUUCUGUCAGCAUUAACAUGAUAAACCAUUGUAAAUAUGAUAAGCAGUGGCUUUCUUAUUUUUUGGGUUUUGUCAGGUUUUGUUCUAUUGAAUUUUUUGUUACCGUAUGUACUUCUUAUACAAGUUUGAUUAUAGAUUGAAUUUCGUAUAA